UUGCACUCCGGCGCUUGCGGUGUCUCUUAACACACACUGUUCUGUAGGAUGAUUUUCCUGAUUGCUUUUCUGGAAGCAUUUUGGUUUUGAAACAUGUGCUAGAGGUAAAAUUGUGCGCAUGUACUGAUCUAGUGAUGAACAGUGAAGAGGCUUGGUCACAUUGAACUAUGUGUAUGACAAAGAGAUGGGAAAGACGACAGGUUCCCGUGAUGGUGAUAGAAUCCCGAUGGUACUUAAGAGAUGGUUCUUCGCGCUCUUGUUAUUUUUUCUCCUCUUCGACUCCCAUCCUUAGAAAUCCCAGACACAGAUAUUACUUCCCGCUCUUUACUGACGUCCUUUACUAGCAUGCAAUUCAUUAUUCAGCUUGUUUUGAUUGUAAUGGCGCUACCCCUUGUCUCCUCUGAUAGCGGUUCUGGGGGUAGCAGUAGUUGCUCCAAGAGUGAAUUCUGGUACGAGGACACAAGCUGCUGUCUGCCCAUAGGCGGGCCUCCUUCUAAACCGAGCCCUCCAAAGGGUACUGAUUGUCCUCCAUCGACACAUUACUGGAGCAACGACAACGGAUGUUGUGUUCCUUCCCAACCACCCAGCCAGAACCAACCGCCUCCUCAGUGUCCAUCGGGCUGGGAUUGGUGUCAGGAACCGCACGUUUGCCUGCCCCAACCCACCCCUACCAGCCCGCCAUCAUCGCAUCCAUCCGGCUAUUACGGGGGUCAUCGUAAACGCGAUAUUCACAAGUCUCGCUCAGCCUCCCUUUGUCCGUUUGGUUUGGAUGCCUGUCCCAUCCCUGGUUUGACCGGCACUGGCGACUAUGAGUGCAUUGAUACGUCCAGUGACCUUGAGGCAUGCGGUGGAUGUCCCAGUCUGGGACAAGGUGAGGAUUGCACUACGAUUGUUGGGGCCUGGAACGUUGCUUGCGAAAAUAAGCAAUGCCAAGUUUAUACUUGCGUCCCUGGUUACACUCGCUCUACCGAUGGGAAGACGUGCAUCGCCUUGUGAGAAAUUUUAUAUACAUCUUCGAACAUUGAGGAACCAUCCAAUCUUUUAUCCAUACCUUCAUUUGCUAUGUAUGUCUGGACCUUCUCUUGCUCUAGAUAGAGUCAACAAGCCUCUCUCGGGACUUUUUCUGAUUCUAUUAUUACCGUUCUUGUUUAGGACUUGUGGUUCUGCUAUCAAGAUUAUCUUGAUAUUACUUAUUGCGCGUUCAAUUAUUUCCACUGCUAGAUUACGGUUAGAUAAUUGUCGCACCCACAUUUUCGAUCACAUGAUUUACCAAAUACUGACUGAGGCGCGUAAUGGGACAUUUCUUGAACGCAUCCAGGUUUCCCAGUUACUGACACGAGCAUCUGCGUUUCCUUCCCUUUAUCUUCAUUGUUCUCUUCCGUCUAAGAGCU